AUGAACCCGAUCGACUUGCGCUUCACCGAUGCCAUCACCAAGGGCGACGAGGCGGCGGUUGUAUCCUUUGUUGAGGCCGGCGACGUCGACGUGAACGCGCCCGACCGCGACGGCGACCUGCCCCUGCGCACGGCGGCCAAGAAGGGCCAGUUGGCCGUCGCAGAGCUCCUCGUGUAUUACGGUGCCGAUGUCAAUGCGACCGACGUCUAUGGCUGGAGUGCUCUUCAUGAAGCCGCGCUCAUGGGGUCGGACGACAUGGUGCGGACGCUGCUCAAGCUCGGUGCCGACAAGACGCUGCGCAACGAGGACGGGCAGACCGCACUGGACGUCGCGGUGCAGUUUGGCCACGCGCCCAUCGUCUUUGUGCUCUGCGAAGGCCACUCGGCGCAGACAGGCUUCUACUGAGCAUCGUCAAAAUGCAUCUCUGUGCAGCAGCGUUGUGAUCUCGAGGCGCGAUCGUCAUAGGCCCAGGAUGCCAUCACUGCCUCCUGUCGUCCGUAGGCCCUGGACAUCGACUUGCUCCUGACGCUAUGUAUCGAGUGCACCACGUCGCCACGUGUCGAACGAUCAAGAUCGCGUUCGUUUCACUGGAUUUUAUUAGCAAUUGCCGCACGGUUGUUGGGCUGCGCAUAUCUCCGCCCAUCGACGCUGAAAGAGGCCGUGGCGCCUGACGUGCGAGCGGAGCCUCGGUGCACAGCCACCCAGCAUCGCCGCCAGAGGCAGCGGUACACUGUACCAAAGCUCCACAACGACGUCUCCGUCACAGGUGCCCUUUCCACCCAAGCCCCACACAUAGCUGUCGUCACGACAACGCACGCAGUCCCACGGCCAUUGGCUCUUGGAGCGUCUGAUCUUCUCGACGCAGCAGUUGAUGCAAGGACAAAUAUGUAGCAGCAGCGCUACUAGUAGUCGCUAAUCGCGUGGUAACUAGUGCGGCAGCCUCCAUGUAAUGAGCUCGUAACGACGUCGUUUGCGCUUCCGCCCGGGCAGCGCGGGCGUAGUACCGCACCCAAGACAGCGUCGCCCCGCGGCUUUGUGUUGGUCGCAGAGAUUUCC